AUGAUUUUGAACGAGCUCAACAGUGGGAAAACACCCAACAACAACAACAAUGAUAACAACAACAGCAAUCAGCAAAAACUCAAAAGAUCAAGAGAUGGCUGUCAAAAUUGUAAGGAAGGUCGAAUAAAAUGUGACAAGACAAAACCAAUUUGUAAAGUAUGUCAAAGAAAGGGAUUAAAUUGUGAUUAUUCCAAGAAGUUAAUGUGGAUUUCGGUGGAUAAAACUGAUUCAAGACAUCCAUCUUUCAAGAAUAAAAAACCUCCACAAAAGACAACAAAACCUCCAACAAAAGUUAAAAAGGAUACCCAUCUUGAAGAUAAAAUAAUACCAAAGAUCGAUGCUAUUGAGGAACGGGAUAUGCUGGAUACAACUGAAGAAUAUGAAUUAUUGACCCCUUCAAGGCGAAAUUCUGAAGUCCGUUCAAGAAAUUCAAGUAUUAUUUCCAAUGGAGAUGAUAAUAAUAAUGGUGAAUUCAUAGAUGAAGAAUAUAUUGACAAUUUGAGUGACGAUUUCUCAGAAAGUGUCCAACUGGAUUUGGAUACAAUAUCACACCAUGGAUUAAUGAAGUUAGAUUUUCAAAAAAUUGUUGAAAGUCAAAGGAAUUUUUCAAAUAAUUUCCAUAGUUUCCCUCGUGAAAUUUCCAAUAUCUUUCAAAGUCAAGAUACUCAAAAUAUUUUCAGCCAUUAUUUAUUUGUUACUUGUAUUUCAUUAGAUCCUUUGAAUGGUGCGGGGCCUCAAAAUAUAUCAGAAAAAUUCUUUGUCCCUGUUGCCGUUAAUGAUCCUGCAACUUUACAUGGAAUUUUAAGUAUUUCGGCAAGUCAAUUGUCUUUUUCAAAUCCAGAAUACAAAAGGUUAUCUUUAUUACACAAAUCCUUAUCAUAUAAACACCUUUAUGCAUUGCUUAAAGAUGACAAACAAUCAAUAAGUUUGAAUGCAUUAUCUGCCAUUAUUUGUCAUUUAUCGAUUGAAAUCAUACAAUCUGGGCUACAAAAUUGGCCAGUCCAUAUAAAAGCUUUAAGAAAAAUUGUUCAAGAACGGAAAAAGAGAAACAUGAAAGAAGACCAAUUAACUUGGUUCUUAUAUUUAAGAAUUGCAAGAUAUGAUAAUUUUGCAACUUUAACAACUGGUGAAAAACCUUUAUUCAAGGAAUUUAAUGCUGUUGAUUUUAAAUCAUUUCAUCCAUUGAUUCAAAACUUUGAUUGUAUAUUUGGAUGUCCAACAACUGUUUUAUUUUUUUGCUCAGAAUUGACUUAUAUUGGUAAAACAAUUUUUGAUUCAAAACAAGAUGGGAAAUUUAAAUCUCUUGGAGAUCAUUUAGAAACUUUAAAUUAUUCUGAAAUCGGUUUGAAAAAGAGGUUAACAAAACUUUUAAAAAGAAAUCAAUCAAGUAUAAAUGCAAAUGAUUGGAAUGCAAUUGAAAAAAUUUGGAGUUCUGCUUUAAUAAUUCAUUUCCAACAAGCAGUUUAUGAUAGUUCAAGUCAGCAAUAUGAUUUUGAAAUUGAGAAAGAGAAUUUUUUCGAUGCAUUGAAAGAAUUUGUACUUUAUGAUAGUUUUUUCUGCUCAAAUUUAUUAUGGCCAUUAUUAAAAAUUUCUACAAUUUUAAUUGAUCCAAAUGAUCGAGAUUUCCUGAGAAAAACAAUUGGAGCAUUUUUUGAUAAAACAAAUAUUGGUGCAUUCAAAGGAGUACUGAAAAUAGUUGAUGAAUUAUGGGAAUUAAUAGAUGAAGGAACUUUUACAAAACCUUCUGAUUGGUGGGUAUUCCAUGAGAAAAAGGGCUGGAACAUUUUUCUUGCUUGA